AUGGAAACUGGAAUCUUCUCUAGCGGGGGAGGCGGUGGAUAUGGAGGCGGCGGCGGUGGUGGAUAUGGCGGCGGUGGCGGUGGUGGAUAUGGAGGCGGUGGACAUGGAGGAGGAGGCGGCGGCGGUGGACACGGAGGAGGAGGUGGCGGUGGAGGCCAUGGAGGAGGCGGCGGAGGAGGUGGAGGAUACAAAAUAAUCAGUAUUCUCGUACCUACUGGUGGUGGCGGAGGAGGAGGCCAUGGAGGCGGCGGCGGCGGCGGCGGUGGUUACGGACCCUGGAAAUCGGGAGGUGGCGGUGGAGGAGGAGGGGGACUUGGACCAUGGAAAUCCGGAGGUGGCGGCGGUGGAGGAGCUGGAUAUGGACCAUGGAAAUCCGGAGGAGGUGGUGGAGGCGGCGGAGGCAGCAAAUGGUGGUAA